GGAAAAAAAUAUAGAUUUAUCCAAAAUCAAAGGUAAAUAGUGGACUUAGAAUGGGGGAUUAGUGGUUAGCCAUGUUUUGGAAAGAUGUCUGCUGGUCAUUGUUCCUGCAGUUGAUUCAGGGCAGGUGAUGUCAGUGUGCUGAGGGACAGCAAGUGCCAGCAGUCUGAACUGAAGGGACCCAAUCUCUGUAGACAUUUGUUGACUGGCUGCCUUUUUUUCUCCAACAGGAGUGGUGUCAGUCUGCUUUGAGGGGGACAGUGAUGGUUACAUCAACUUGGUGGCCUACCCUUAUGUGGAAAGUGAGACCGUGGAGCAGGAUGACACACCAGAGCGGGAGCAACCUCGGCGUAAGCACUCUCGCCGGAGCCUGCACCGGUCAGGCAGUGGCAGUGACCACAGGGAGGAGAAAGCCAGCCUGUCCCUUGAAACCUCAGAGAGCCCCCAGGAGGCAAAGACUCCGAAGGUGGAGCUACACAGCCACUCGGACGUCCCUUUCCAGAUGCUGGAUGGCAACAGCGGUCUGAGUUCCGAGAAGAUCAGCCACAACCCUUGGAGCCUGCGCUGUCACAAACAGCAGCUGAGCCGCAUGCGCUCCGAGUCCAAGGACCGAAAGCUCUACAAGUUCCUCCUGCUUGAGAACGUGGUGCACCAUUUCAAGUACCCCUGUGUGCUGGACCUGAAGAUGGGCACCCGGCAGCAUGGUGAUGAUGCAUCAGCUGAGAAGGCAGCCCGGCAGAUGCAGAAGUGCGAGCAAAGUACGUCGGCUACGCUGGGUGUCAGAGUCUGUGGCAUGCAGGUGUACCAGCUGGACACGGGGCAUUACCUCUGCAGGAACAAGUACUAUGGCCGUGGGCUCUCCAUCGAAGGCUUCCGCAAUGCCCUCUAUCAGUACCUGCACAAUGGCCUGGACCUGCGGCGUGACCUUUUUGAGCCCAUCCUGAGCAAACUGCGAGGCCUGAAAGCUGUACUGGAGCGGCAGGCCUCCUACCGCUUCUACUCCAGUUCCCUGCUUGUCAUCUAUGAUGGCAAGGAGUGCCGGUCUGAGUCCUACCUGGACCGCCGGUCCGAAAUGCGUAUCAAGCACCUGGACACAGGGCUCCCUGAGGUGGCACCAUCCUGUGGCCCUAGCACCAGCCCCAGCAGCACCAGCCCCGAGGUGGGCCCCUUCUCUCCACCCAAGGUGGAUGUCCGCAUGAUCGACUUUGCACACAGCACAUUCAAGGGCUUCCGAGAUGACCCCACUGUGCAUGAUGGGCCUGACCGAGGCUAUGUGUUUGGCCUGGAGAACCUCAUCAGCAUCAUGGAACAGAUGCGGGACGAGAACCAGUAGGCCCAGCUCUGGGCUUCCAGAACCCCUUCCUCUCCUCCCUCAGGCAGGGACCAUUGCUCUGAACUCGCCAUGAGGACACACAGACUUACUUUUAAAAGGGUUAUAUUUCUCUUUGGUGUAAACUAAAAGAAAUGUUUUUA